GCGCCAGGCCGGAAGGAGGCAGCGGGAGGGCGGGCGGCAGGAGUGGGCCCGGAGCUGCUGGGCCGGAGCGGCGGCGCCGCCAUGUCCGACAGCGAGAAGCUCAACCUGGACUCUAUCAUCGGGCGCCUGCUGGAAGUGCAGGGCUCGCGGCCUGGAAAGAAUGUACAGCUAACAGAAAACGAGAUCCGUGGUCUGUGCCUCAAAUCACGGGAGAUUUUCCUGAGCCAGCCCAUUCUUCUGGAGCUGGAGGCACCCCUCAAGAUCUGCGGUGACAUCCAUGGCCAGUACUACGACCUUUUGCGGCUAUUUGAGUACGGCGGCUUCCCUCCAGAGAGCAACUACCUCUUCCUGGGGGACUACGUGGACCGGGGCAAGCAGUCUUUGGAGACCAUCUGCCUGCUGCUGGCCUAUAAGAUCAAGUACCCAGAGAACUUCUUCCUGCUCCGUGGGAACCACGAGUGUGCCAGCAUCAACCGCAUCUAUGGCUUCUACGAUGAGUGCAAGAGGCGCUACAACAUUAAACUGUGGAAAACCUUCACCGACUGCUUCAACUGCCUGCCCAUUGCUGCCAUUGUGGACGAGAAAAUCUUCUGCUGCCAUGGAGGCCUGUCCCCGGACCUGCAGUCCAUGGAGCAGAUUCGGCGUAUCAUGCGGCCAACAGACGUGCCUGACCAGGGCUUGCUAUGUGACCUGCUGUGGUCGGACCCUGACAAGGACGUGCAGGGCUGGGGCGAGAAUGACCGUGGCGUCUCCUUUACCUUUGGGGCUGAGGUAGUGGCCAAGUUCCUACACAAACACGACUUGGACCUCAUCUGCCGGGCACACCAGGUGGUGGAAGACGGCUAUGAGUUCUUUGCCAAGCGGCAGCUGGUGACGCUCUUCUCAGCUCCCAACUACUGUGGCGAGUUUGACAACGCAGGCGCCAUGAUGAGUGUGGAUGAGACGCUCAUGUGCUCCUUCCAGAUCCUCAAGCCCGCUGACAAGAACAAGGGGAAAUACGGGCAGUUCAGCGGCCUGAACCCUGGAGGCCGGCCCAUCACCCCACCCCGCAACUCCGCCAAAGCCAAGAAAUAGCCUCCACGUGCCCGCACUCUGCCCGAUGGUGGAUUGUACAGAAAUUAUGUGGCCGUUGGGGGGUUCGUGCUGGCUCCCCCCAGGCCCACCUGUCACGGGGAGCACGGAGCCUUGGUAUAUUUUUCUUUUUCUUUUUUUUUAAUGAAUCGAUAGCAGCGUCCAGUCCCCCAGGGCUCCUUCCACCUGCACCGGCGGUGGUGACAAGCAGGACCCUGGGGCUGAGGCUGCAGCUCAGGGCAAAGCAGGGCCAGAUGUGGGUUUCCAGCCUCGCUUGGCCUCAGGGCCAGCAGACAGAUCCUGGGGCGACCCAUCUGGUCUCUUGAAUAAAGGUCAAAGCUGGAUUCU